CGAAGCACACGUCGUUAAGUGAGUUAUGCUUUUGUGACGAUGUGGGAUAAUUAUUAAAGCUCCACCUGCCAGUGCUGCUCUUGCCGCAAUGUUAACCCGUGAAUGACCAACACGCUGGAUUUUUCCUUUUCGUCUGUUCCUCUUGGGUCUCUCUCUCCAUUGUCCAUUUGUCCUAAUCAAAGGCGUUUGGGUUCCUUUAUUAUUGUGUUAUUGCCUCUUUGUUGCUGGCCAACAGUUUAAGAUCCCCCAACUCAUUCCCCUGGCUUGCGUUUGAAAACCCGUCAAGAUGACUCUCUUGAAGAAUUUGGCAAAGAUGUACUUUACGCCUUACGGCAUGCUUCGUUACGCUCCUUAUCUCCUAAUCGUCCCGAUCAUUGUCUUCCAGGCACUGUCCCUGACGGGAUGUGUCUCGACGUCGCCUGGGGUUCCCAACAUUUACAUUGUUUCCUUGCGGCCAAACAAUAACGUAACUGAUGAACCCCUUCAAGUUCGCAUUGGUUAUUUCGGAAUCUGCGGCAUCGACGGAGAGGGCAAACGCUGCCAGUCGGUCUCGGGCCGCUCGGUCGAGACGCUCAGGGCCGACCUCUUCCCCGAAGUGUUCGGCCGCAACAGCUCCUCCUCCUCCUCCAACGCCACCGCCUCGGUAACCCGCGACGAAAUAACGGACCUCGUCUCCACGGCGAUCGACCUGCAAUCCCGCAUCUUCAUCUCCGUCCUCGCGGGCGCCGCCGUGCUCUUUGUGUUCGGCAUCACUGCCCUGGUGCUCCACAAGCGCGACGUCUCCAAGGGCUGGGACGAGCACCCGCGCCGGAGCACGAUCAUCCGCCGGAUUACCUAUGGCAUGCUGUUUGGCUCGGCGGCACUCGCGUUCGCGGCGGCGCUGGCGACUAGCGAGUCGGCGGGCGCGCUCGCGUACGCCACGUCGGGCAUGGCGCACGCGACGGUGCUGAUCCACGCCGGCCGGACGCUGCAGGUGCUGCAGUGGGUUGCGUUUGGGUUCGAGACGCUGUUUGCGCUGGCCGUGCCGUUCUUGGUGAGGUAUAGGGCUCCUCCUGCUGCGGAAGAAUGGAAGGGGGAGGCUUGAUAAGUGGACGGUAGAUACUAGUACCAGGCACACACGCGAGGAGUGUGACAAUAAUAUUGGCUACUUUAAAAGACUUUGUAUAACCGGGAGCGGCGUUUUGGUGUUGAUGGAUAGUUAAUGCAACGAUCUAUCGUAAGUUUGG